AUGAUUGCUCAACGUGGACCGAGCGAGAAUGGCCAAACUCACGUCACCACUCUGCCGCGCAGGGCCAACACUCAUGCCAGGGGGCUCAACAAACGCAAUCUCCGUCGCGCGCAGAAUCCCCCACAAUCACCCAGCAAUGGGCUCAGCCCACUCCUGCGACGGCCCUCAAAAGGACAUCAUCAAUCCCGUUGGAGAAAUUCCCCCGCCCAGACAAAUCUGCAAAUUACUCCCCUCAACUAUCCGAACGAGACAGCAUCUUCGCGACGCACUACCUCCCCUCGGAUAGCGCCGCCACUACCCCACACAUCCCCCGAGGUCCCGGCGGACAAUGGCCAGGUCAACGCAAUCCCUGGUCUAGAUGAUACACCCGAGUCGCUUGGCCCUUCUACCCAGGUCUCUCCCCACUGUGUUCGUGUCACCCCUUCCCACAUGGAAGUGGACGUUCGCCGACACUUCCCAUUGCGCUCCGCUUCUCUGUACUCCACAACGAAUGCUGGUGGUCUGUCUCGACUGCGUUCAUCCAUCCUGUACGGAGCGAAGGGGCCGGCAAGCGAGACGCAGACCGCUCUUCGCUCCCGGUUGAAAAGCUCCGCGGACGCAUCGACCAAGGAUCCUCAGGCUUCUCGAACCGGCCCGUCGGAGCGCAAUCUUCUCCCCUCUGCGUUGGAUCAUGGCUCUCAGCCACUAUCAUCCUUGACGCCCUCUGGAGCCGGGCAGGCCUGGUCCGGGGCGAGACCAGAGCCAAACCCUGACACUUCCUCACGAACAGAAGCUGCCCGGGGCAUACCGCUAGAACAGAGCUCGAGCAGAGGUCGUCGAGGUCGGGUGGACAAUUCAAUCGAGGCAGACCUCAGCAACGUGGAGCCGGCUUCUCACGUGCGAAGCCGCAAGUCUAGUCAUUUUCUCGGCUUGUUCAAGGAAAACACCACCUCGCCAGACCGCAAGCGAAGAGAAGAUCGAGCUCAUCCACACGAUGAGCUGCCGGGUCAGCCUGCUCACGCAAUGGAACCAGAGCACUCGAAUCUGCGUGUGGCGGCAACGGAGGCGGAUGGGGAAGACAGCCUGCUUCGAAAAAGCAUCUCCCUCCCGUCGCUCUCAGAUGGUCACAGGUUUGAUAUCGAACCGCAGAUGGACAGCACCCACCAGCGGGCCGAACGGCACGACGAGGAGCCGCAAAAGCGCCAGCCAUUGGCCUUGCCGCGCAGCCUCUUGGAGGAAAUUCGAAAUUUCCACCUCACUCCCGGUGGAGGACGCGGAUCUUCUUUCUCUAAGAGCAUUCCCACACAGUAUGCUGAACGAGGCCGCGAUUACUUUCAGCAAGAGCCUCACGUGGAUCGGUAUUCCGAGUCCCUCAGCUCGGUCGAAGAGGCAGAGCGUCUGCCAUCAGAGCGCUUUGAGGAGGACGAAGAUGAAGAAAAGGAGCAGAUUUCGUCUGCCGUCUACUUUCCCCACGAGCGGGUAGCGGUGUCUCAAGAGGGAGACGGCGAAAACCCCAUCCUCACCGAUUCGGAAGCGACCCAGCCUCUCCAGAUUUCCGCGGCGGAGCAAGGCCAUGAGUUGAUGUUGGUCCCCCAAGAGCCAGACGCUUCUUCAGAGCAGGAGGGUGGUCACGUGGACAUCUCCUUCCGCUCCAGGACCGAGAACAAGACGCUCUACGGAGAACUCGGAAACAUUCGGCACCCACCCGAGAGUGUGCCGGAAAAGCCGUUGACGGCAAUUUCGGAGCGCAGUUAUGAUUCCACCUGUGAAUCGGAGAUAGCGUCAGCGGACGAAAGUGGGCUCUCCGUGCACGACGAGUCAAGUCUGACCGACGACCCAGAGAUAACCCCGACGGCCACCCCCACUCAACGCUCUCGAUUCCCACCCAAGCCCAAGCCAAAGCGCAAGGCCGCUGCCCCGCUUGGAGCGGUCGAAUUGAAGCCCUAUCGACACCAAGUUGGCGGCCAUACCACGGUGUUUCGCUUCUCGAGGCGCGCAGUGUGCAAACAGCUCAACAAUAGAGAGAAUGAAUUCUACGAAAGAAUUGAGAGGAGGCAUCCUGACAUGCUUGUGUUCCUUCCUAGAUACAUUGGCGUCCUGAACGUCACUUUCUCAAAGACUUCCAAGCGCUCAAAAAAUGCGGCCGACCAAACGGCCCAAGAAGCAGCUGAAGGUCAUCAACCGAAUGGGGCUUCAGUCUCCCACACCCCAUCAAUUCAGACCCCGGAGCCUCAGCGAAUUGUGAGCCAGAGUCAGGUGACCGGCGUGAUUCCCAAAGUGAUUCUAGAGAAUAACAGGCAUAUCAUUCCGGCCGACCUUUUCUCUCGCGGCCAUCGCCCACGACUGUUGGAUGACACCAUGCUGGGGCGCCCUCGCUCCGCGGACGGACUGGGAAAGCUCUCCACCGAGUCUGAUCCGUCCCUGAGAAAACGAAACAAAAUUUGGGGCGCCACGACGGUCAAUCGAAAACUCCAAGAGCAAGUUUUGCGGGAAGUUUUCAGCCCACCAGCAAUUCAUCAUCACCGCCGUCAUCCUCGCGGGCACUUGCAAUUGCCGCGAACCUCCUCCGACAUUGUGCGUCGGCGUGGCAAUCUGUCCGAGGACCACACCGCGAGCAGCCGUACGUCUCCAUUGGCCCUGAAGCAAGACUCGCCCGUGGCUGUGAAGAAAACUGUACCCCAAGCUGCCGAAGGACAAACCUUGUCUUCUUCAGCUUCGACAGCCUUGGAUGAGAAUCGCAAUCGUCUCGAAAAGGUGAAAACGCAGGACGAGCCAACCCGGUCGAGCUCACUGAGCCGUGGUCAGCAAAAGCGCCGCCGGCACUCUGGAGGUGGUCUUCAACGCCGAGGCAGCAUUAAUUCGCAGAAUCCCGAGCUGGUGUUCUUUGAUGACGAAGGAUACGGGGGUGAUAAAGAAGAUGAAAUUUUCUCCAUGGAUAGCGACGGGCCCGCCGCCGUGACUGACUCCGUCUUAUUCAAGCCAUCCUCGUCUCCUUCCUCGGUGAGCACUUCUCUGUCCAACCAUGGACCAGGAAAUGAUCAGAACGACGCAGCUUUGGAGACGCCCAAGCAAACGUCGACAAAGGAAGAAACUGAAGAUGUAAGCACUCUUUUACCGAGCAAUCCCAAAGAAGCGCAGCUCAGCAAGGAUGAACGUGUUCAAUUCUUCCUACUCUUGGAGGACCUGACCGCCGGUAUGAAUCGACCCUGCGUCUUGGAUCUGAAAAUGGGCACUCGGCAAUACGGGAUUGAGGCCACUGAAAAGAAGAAGAAGUCGCAGCGGCGAAAGUGUCAGUCUACAACCUCACAGCAGCUCGGUGUCCGUCUGUGCGGAAUGCAAGCCUGGAAUGUCAAGAAACAAGAGUACAUCUUCGAGGACAAAUACUUCGGCCGCGACUUGAAGUCUGGCCGAGAAUUUCAGGAUGCAUUGACCAGAUUUCUCUUCGAUGGGGUGAGCUACGCCAGUGUAGCAAAGAAAAUCCCCAUCAUCUUGGAAAAGCUCUCUUUGUUGGAACACAUGAUUCGAAAACUGGAUCGAUAUCGUCUCUACGCGAGUAGCCUUCUGAUUCUAUACGAUGGCGAGCAAAGCUCCCCUCCACCACCCACGCCCGGGCUCCCAGGCGAGGCUCCGCCUCUUCACCGUCGGGCCUCUGACGAUGGCCAUAACAACGUUGAUGUACAGCUCAAGAUUGUGGAUUUUGCCAACUGCGUGACCGGCGAGGAUGAAUUGCCACCAGAUACGCCGUGCCCACCUCAUCACCCCAAUGACAUUGAUCGAGGGUAUUUGCGGGGUCUGCGGACUCUCAAAAUGUAUUUCCAAAGAAUCAUGAGAGAGGUGACCCAAGAUGAAUUCGUGGAGCGAGGUGAAGGCGAAGCCGUCGCUCUCGGUUCGCGGCCUGUUGCCCGCGAUGCCUCUUCUGAUCAAUUCUGGGAUGAGACCGUGGUUGAGACUGACGUCGGUGAAGUCAGCUUCUGA